AUGAUCUUCGGAAAGAAUAGAUCUGGAAGAGUCAAUGAAAAUCACCAAAGUCACUUGUUUAAGUACUUAUCGAAUCAACAAGUGUAUGUUUUUGCAGGAUUAGAGAUACGCGAGACAGUAAAUGGCGUCGAGAUCCAGUCUCGUCAGAAAUCAGAUGACAAACCUAUUCACAGUUUAUUUCAUGGUGGUUUUCUAAAUCUCAAUUUCAACUCAGAGGAAGAAGAUUCAGUACGAGGCAAGAUCAUCAACUUUAUCAUACCUCUAUCAGGCCGCUACGAAAUCUUUCAAAGGUUUCUUCAGAAUUACGAAGAUAUCUGUUUGACCAGCGAUGAGAAGACGUCUCUGCUCGUCGUGCUCUACCAGCACAAAAGUGAAAAUUCUUUCAACAAAACAAUAGAUCUGAUCGAGCAGCUUAAGUACAAAUAUCGCACUGCCAGCAUAGAGGUUCUACCAAUUUCUGGGGACUUUUCCAGAGCCAGAGCCUUAGAUUUGGGUGCAUCAAAACUACAGGCCGAUGAUCUGAUGUUGUUCAUCGACGUGGACAUCGUGUUCACGAGUUCGGCUUUGAACAGGAUACGGCUGAAUACUCUACCAGGCCAGAGAAUGUACUUUCCAAUUGUUUUCAGCCAAUAUGAUCCUAAGGUUGUCUACGGCGAUGCCGGGAAACAGGACAAGUUUACUAUAAACGAGAUCUCCGGACACUGGAGGCAAUACGGUUUCGGGAUCGUCUCUCUGUAUAAGAGAGAUUAUCGUGCCCUGGGCGGUCUGGAUCUCUCGAUUCAGGGAUGGGGUAAGGAGGACGUGGAAUUCUUUGAAAAGGCGGUAAAAUCGGACCUCGACGUCUUCAGAGCGGCGGACAGGCAUUUGGUGCACGUGUAUCACGAAAUAGAAUGUAGCCGGGAGCUUUCUAGCCUCCAGUUGUCCAUGUGCAUUGGAUCCAAGACUGACACAUAUGCCGGAGUCGAGACUUUGGCUAGUAUGAUUUACGCUGAUCCGAACAUAUUGCGCUUUGCCAAAGAGAGGAGACAAAAGAGGACCAAUCCUGCUGGUUAAUCGACGAAUGUGUGAAACAAAAGUGAUAAAUGAAAAUCUGUGAAAUGGGCUGUCGAAAAUGAUAUUGUUCUGAAAAACAGUUUAAUUUUCCUAGAAAUUAUAAGGGAUCCGUGAAUAAUAUACACCCCAUCAAGAUAAAAAUUAUUUUUCUUGUUACGCUUUGUGGCUUUAAUCAUGGGGUAUAUUAUAAUGUGUCGAUGAAUGGAUUAUCGGACGCUCUGAACCUCGGUGCCAGAAUAUUUCAUCAUUAUUUAAGCGUUGUAAAUAGAGAGUGCGAGAUGAACAAAUAAAAAUUAAUACAAUCUAAUGUUUCACUGUAUGGCAAAAUGUAUAUAAUGUAUCAAAGCUUUGAUUGAGAACACAUUUUUCAAGGUUUUGAUUGUGAAACAAAGAUAUUACGCGCAAUGAUCUUCGGAAAGAAUAGAUCUGGAAGAGUCAAUGAAAAUCACCAAAGUCACUGUAGACAUGUUAGUAGAUUUUUAUGUGUGCAAAAACAGUUUUCUCAUUUUCGUUGUUAGUUUAUGUAACAUGAUAUUAUUCUUACCGUCAAGUGAUCUUUUUUAUCGAGAAGCUGAGAAUAAAUCGAUAUCGUAUACUUUUAUAGUUGCAAUUGCCAAUACUUUUAUAGGAAUCAAACGUAAUCACACACACACACAUUUUACAAAAUCAUCAGCUUAGAAAGUAAGUUUAAAUAUUAUAAAUAAAUGUGAUAUUAUCGUGCCUUUUACAAUUUUUUUUUUUCGUAAAUUUAUGUAUUAUUAAUCUGUAAAUGCAGAUACUUUGAAUUGUCAAUGUGCUGUAUUUUAUAUAUUCACAGGUAAAAGACUCUGCAAUAGUCAGAAUAUAAUACUCAUGCUUUACUGAACAAAAUUCUUAUGUUAAGUAAUAACAUCAUUAAUAUUCAUGUCACUCUUCCAAAAUAAAAUAUUAUAUAUAAAUACGUAAUUGACGAUAUUUUUUUACAUGAUAUUAAUUUCAAACGAAAAUUCAAUUAUUUAAUUUGUUUAUAUGAAUAUAAUGAGAUACAGAUAUCAAUGAAUUUUACUUUAAAUAAAUUAAGAGUAAUUAAAUAUUUAAUGUAUGAUGAAUUAAAUAUUUAAGGCUCUCUUAACGUGCAUAAAUGUAAAGUUCGAGAAGAAAUACUGAGAGAUUUGCUAGUAUGUUAUCAGAAUAUUGACUAUGACGGACUGCUGAAGUUGCAUCUUUUUUGCGUUCUCCAUUUUUUCUUGUAACAGUAUAAAUAUCAUGAAAACAUCUAAUACGUAGUUAAUAUUCUAGAUAUUCUAGUUAAUAUUCCAUGAAUAAAUUUUGUGGUCUUUUAUCUUUUCAAAAAUAAAAUAUAUAAAAGAA